AUGUUGGGAGGGCUCUAUCCCUGCUCGAACCUGUUCUGUGCGCCGCCGGACGUGGUGGAGGCCAUCUACUUUGUCGUCCUCUUUUGCGCCAACGUCUGCAACUGCCUCACAGCCUUUGCCUCGAUCUACCUCAUCCUGCGGCGGGCUCUGCGCGAGCUGCCGCCGCGCGACCCGACGGCCUGCAGCGGGCCGGUCUCGGUGAUCGUGCCCUGCUACCUUCCCAACGAGCAGCACAUCAUCGUCGCGACGGUGGAGCACAUUGUGAACCGGCUCGAGUGGCCUGGCCGCAUGACUUUGUACGUGGUGUACAACUCGCCGCACGCGCUGCCAGAGGCGGAGGCGGCGCUGCGCGCGCUCGAGGGCCGCGCGUACGCCGGCGGCCGCUCCGUCCGCGUCAUCGAGGCGGCGGAGAACCUGAACGUGUGCCUGGGCGGAGUGGGCGACGCGCACGUGGCGCUGUACGACGCGGACCACCGGCCGGAGCCGGGCUCGCUGGUGGCGAUGAUGCACCACCUCUGUCUGCGCAAGUGCCACGUGGUGCAAGGCUCCACCUACAUCAGGCGCACCGAGGGGCUGCUCGCGAGGGCGGUCGACGCCGAGUUCUUUGUCACACAUUUUGUCUACUUUCCGGCGAUGGAGGCGCUGGCGGGGACGGGGUACUUCGGCGGCUCCAACGCGCUGUGGCAGGCGUCGGUGCUGCGCGAGUACGGGUUCCACCGCUCCAUGCACUGCGAGGAUGCGCGCAUCAUCCUCGACGGCCACCGGAUCCGCUUCUGCCCGACGGCGCGCUCGGGCGAGCUCGCGCCCGCAGGCGCGGCCGCGCUCAUGUCGCAGCGGCUGCGCUGGUUCAUCGGCUGGGAGCAGUGCACCGCAAAGUACUGGCUGCCUCUCUUCCGCUCGCCGCUGCCGCCGCUGCGCAAGCUCGGCUUCAUUUACAUGUUCCACUUCCGGUGGGCGCUGCUCGUCUCGGCCUUCCUCGGCGCGGUUGUCAACCCGAUCCUCAUGUCGCCCUUCGCGUACCCGCUCUGGACGUGGUCGACGCCGGUGCGGUACUGCACGUACAUCACGCUCCUCUUCUACUCCUUCGUCGCAGCCUACUCGGUCUGCUCGUGCGUCUGGCACGAGCGGUACCGCCCCUUCUCGUGGGUCGGUGUCGCGCUCUUCUACGCCCUCGGCUGGCUCUACAUCGGCUGGCACGCACUCCAUAGAUGCGCGGCGCGGACCCCGCCUCCUCCAGCCCCGCUCUCGAGCCGACGCGUACUCGGCGGGGGUCAGCAUCCGGACGCGCGCGUGGUGCGCGGCAACGUCGGCGAGUGGAAGGCCCGCAAGCCUCUGCUGCCAAAUGGCGGUGCCGUCGCCGUCCCCAUCUCGGCAGGGCGCUGAGGGUGGGGGGUGCGGGGGUGCGGGGCGUUGGCGUGCGUAGCGUGCGGCCACCGCUGCGGCGAGGCUGCCAGACUUAGCGAUUAGAUAUUCGCGACCUCCAAUCCCUCCCCCCUCCCUGCCCCGCCCAGCAUCGUCCGCAGGGGGGCACACUUAGAGAUCUACAGAGCAUGGUACGACGGCGCGGGCAUCACCGCCCGACAGGAGCACGUUUGUGCGCGGGAGGCUGCACUCUCUGGUAGAGAGGGAGGGAUUCGCCUCACCCAUCAGCCGUCCGCGAGUAGAGCCCCCGGUACGCUGCCUGGCCCUGCCGUGCGCGCAGGCACUUGGGGAGCACUUGGAGUGCGGGCAUUAACCUUUCUCCACCAGGGCCGGUGUCGUAUAUAUAUUAUAUA